AUGAUGACAUCUCGACUACACCAAUACGCCUGUGAACUCACACUGGAUCCAAACACAGCACACACACACCUCGCUCUGUCUGAGGAGAACAGAAAGGCGACGCGUGUGAAGGAGAGUCAGUCUUAUCCUGAUCAUCCAGACAGAUUUGAUGUGUGGGAGCAGGUUGUGAGUAAAGAGAGUCUGACUGGACGCUGUUACUGGGAGACUCAAUGGAGCGGACAUGCUUAUAUAUCAGUAUGUUAUAAAGGAAUCAAGAGGAAAGGAGGGGUUUUUGACUGUGUGUUUGGAAGUAAUGAUCAGUCCUGGAGUCUUGAUUGCUCUGAUGACUCAUUCACUGUCUGGCACAAUUAUAAACCCACACACAUCUCAGCUCGUCCAGACUCCAGCAGGACAGUAGGAGUGUUUGUGGACGAGUCGAGCGGCUCUCUGUCCUUCUACAGCGUCUCUGACACACACAAACUCACACACUUACACACAUUCAACACCACAUUCACCGACACACUCCAUGCUGGAUUUAGAGUUUAUUCAGGCUCUUCAGUGUCUCUGUGUCACACAGCAUGAAGAUGUUUUCUCCAGUUUCUGCUUUUCAUCUGCUGAGCUUCACUCUUCUUUCUUUCUUUCUUUCUUUCUUUCUUUCUUUCUUUCUGUAUAUUAAAUUCUGUCUUAUACUCUUCAGACUGUAUUUUCAGCAGAUCAAGAUCUUUUAGUGAUUUAAAAAACGUUAA